AUAGUAAUCCAUUCUGCAUAAUCAUGGCCCUCGCUUUAGGUGACGAUGUCAUCUGCAAACUCUCUUCGUGCAAUCUCGAACAUGAAGAUCCUUUUAGGUGUUGACAUCGGUGAGGGUUUUAGCGUACUGGUCAUGGUGUUGCUGCCGUUGACUCAUCAUCUUCACUUUGACCUAGUCCUUGGUUGGGUAUUAUAUCAGUGUCAUCAGUGCUCGGACUUGAUUAGAGUAGAGUGGGCGGCAUACGCGGCUUUGAGCACGGUUACUGUUGUCGAUAUCCUUAUUGCAUCAUCAAUGUGGUAUCUCCUCGCUACCCCCCGCACUGGGUUCUUCAGGAUGGAUUCCUUCAUCAACAAGCUUAUAACUUACACCGUUAAUACUGGCUGUAUCACAAGUAUAGGUUCAGUGGCAACUACAGUCACAGUAAGGUCUACAUAAUCUUAUUGUCUACCUCGUCUCUAAGGGUCGUUUGCAGUGCGCAGCAAUGUCAAACAACUUUAUCUUUCUCGGCGUUAGAUUUUUAGUAGCUAAAUGUAUGACCACGCAUUCUCUGAGG